AGCUGAUUCGCCGCUAACGCAGCAGUUACCGGACACAAACCGGGAGCGAGCCGGUAAAUGUUACGGCAGUGACGUGGCGUCACCUGCUUCUGAUAAGAUUUAAUCAAGUCGGACAUCCUCUCUCCCCUCCCCCUCUAUCGGUGCACUUUCUCCCAAGUUUUUUUCCAGUUUUAUCUUCCGACUUUUGCCCUUUUCCCGCUGCGCCCGAUGCUACUUUGCUAGCCUGUUAGCCAGUGAGCUAACUGAUAUAAAGCUUCUCGCCGCAACAGGAGGCUGACAGCCCGGGAGGUGCGCUCCACAGCGGAGCGGGAUGAGCCAUGGCUUCGGUCCGGGUCGCUGUGCGGGUCAGGCCCAUGAACAGGCGGGAGAAGGACUUGACGGCAAAAUGCAUCAUCAGGAUGGACGGAACCAAAACCUCCAUCACCAACCUGAAGAUCCCAGAGGGCGUCAUCGGGGAUUCCAUGAGGGAACGAACCAAAACCUUCACGUACGACUUCUCCUACGACUCCGCGGACUGCGUCAGCUCCACGUUCGCCUCUCAGGAAAAGGUUUUCAGAGAUCUGGGUUCCGACGUGCUGAAGGCAGCCUUCGAGGGCUACAACGCCUGCGUGUUCGCCUACGGUCAGACCGGCUCUGGAAAAUCCUACACCAUGAUGGGAAUUCCAGGAGAUGCGGGUUUGAUUCCGAGGAUCUGUGAAGGUCUCUUCAGUCGGAUCUCGGAGGCCACGCGAUGGGACGAAGCGUCGUUCCGUACAGAAGUCAGCUACUUGGAGAUCUACAACGAGAGAGUGAGAGACCUGCUGAGGAGGAAGUCGUCUCAUACCUACAACCUGAGAGUCAGGGAGCAUCCUAAAGACGGGCCCUACGUAGAAGAUCUGUCCAAACAUCUGGUGCAGAAUUACAGCGACGUGGAGGAGCUGAUGGAGGCAGGAAACAUCAACAGAACCACGGCUAGUACCAGCAUGAACGAUGCCAGCAGCCGCUCACACGCCAUCUUCACCGUCAACUUCACGCAGGCCAAGUUUGAUGCCGAGAUGCCGUGUGAGACCGUCAGCAAGAUCCACCUGGUAGACCUGGCAGGAAGUGAGCGGGCCGACGCCACGGGCGCUACCGGCGUCCGGCUGAAGGAAGGAGGAAACAUCAACAAGUCACUGGUCACGCUGGGAAACGUCAUCUCCGCUCUGGCGGACAUGACCCAGGACGGCGUGAACACCAACCUGAAGAAGAAGUCGGUGUUUGUCCCCUACAGAGACUCGGUACUGACGUGGCUGCUGAAGGACAGCCUGGGAGGGAACUCGAAGACCAUCAUGAUAGCGACUGUGUCUCCCGCCGACGUGAACUACGGAGAGACACUCAGCACUUUGCGCUACGCCAAUCGAGCCAAGAACAUCAUAAACAAGCCCACCAUCAACGAGGACGCCAACGUCAGACUGAUCAGAGAACUUCGGGCUGAAAUCGCUCGGCUGAAGGCUCUGCUGGUUCAGGGCAACCAGAUCGCUCUGCUGGACUCGCCCACAGCUCUGAGUAUGGAGGAGAAGCUCCACCAGAAUGAGGCCAGAGUUCUGGAGCUGACGAAGGAGUGGACCAACAAAUGGAACGAGACCCAGAACAUCCUGAAGGAGGAGACUCUGGCUCUGAGGAAAGAAGGCAUCGGUGUGGUGUUGGACUCGGAGCUGCCUCACCUCAUCGGCAUCGACGACGACCUCCUCAGCACCGGCAUCAUCCUCUACCACCUGAAGGAGGGACGGACGUAUGUGGGCCGAGAAGACGCGUCCACCGAGCAGGACAUCAUUCUGCACGGCCUGGACCUGGAGAGUGAACACUGCGUGUUCAGGAACCAGAACGGGUCGGUGACGCUGGUUCCACUCUGCGGCGCUCAGUGUUCGGUUAACGGAGUUCAGGUGAUGACUCCGACGCAACUCAACCAAGGUGCCGUGGUCCUGCUCGGCAGAACCAACAUGUUUCGCUUCAACCAUCCAAAGGAAGCGGCCAAGCUGAGGGAGAAGCGGAAGAGCGGCCUGCUCUCCACGUUCAGCCUGUCCAUGACGGAUCUGUCCGAGUCCUGUGAAAACCUGUCCACUGUGAUGCUCUACAACCCGGGUCUCUUCACUGAGAAGGGCCCCGUCUUCCUCAGGUUGGAGUUUGAAAGGCAGCAGAGAGAGGAGCUGGAGAAACUGGAGAUGAAGAGGAGGCUCAUCAAAGACAUGGAGGCCAAACACCUGAGUGAGAAAGCGGAGCUAGAGCGCCUCCAGCAGGAGGUCGAGAGUCAGCGGAAGGAGUCGGAGGAAGUCCAGCAGCGGAUUCUCCGUCAGGAGGAAAGCCUUCGUCACCGUAGUCAGGACAUUGAGAGCCGCCUGCAGGACUUCUUGGCUGAGAAGGAGCGCUUUGAAGAGGAGAGACGAUCUGAGAUCCAGGGGGCGGAGCUUCAGUGCAGGAGGCAUUGGAAGGAGCACCGGGAGAAAGAGGAGGAGCAACAAAACAAAGUGAAGCGGUGGCAGCAGCAGGCUGCAGAGCAGCCGGAGAUCUAUCGUGAGCUGGAACGACUGAAGAGGGAACGUGAGGAACAGAAGGUUCGUAUGGAGACGGAGCGGCGGAGGCUGGAGGAGCAGGAGAGGGAGCAGCUGAGCCUGGUGGGGAGACUGGAGGAGCAACUGAGGGAGAAACAUGAGGCAGCCAGCGCCUUGCUGGCACGGGAGGAUGCCCGGCGUUUGGAGGAUGAGCGUCAAGCUCUGGCUGAGAUCAGGGAGGUCCUCCUUCGAGCCAAGGAGGCAGCGGAGCGGUCAGAUGUGGAGGAUGCCGGCAAGGAGGGCAAGUGCGCCCACAAUCGCUACAUGGAUUUUAAGGAGGCUCAAGUGAAGGAGCUGUGCCAGCUUGUGGAGGGGCUUAGACAGCAGAGGGAGCGCCUCGAGAAGGAGGUUGCUUCUGAGCGGAGCAGUCUCCUGCUCCUCGCCCACAGCCUGAAGGAGAGACCGCAGCAACAGAAGGAGGUGCAGGAGAAGGGUGUGCAGAAUUCCACCACCACCUGCCAGGAGGAGCUGCAGCUUAAACAGAUGGAGCACCGACUGCAGUUUAAGGAGCAACAGCUCGCCAACCUGGCCGAAGACCUCCUCCCUACUCUGGCCGAGGAGAAGCAGAAAGCCAUGGAGGUGCUGGAGCGGAGCAGGAGCAACGGGACCUGUGACGGUCCAUCAGGACUGGACACCAUCCUGUUCCAGGUGGAGAAGGAGCUGGAAGAGAAAGAGGAGAAGCUGCACCUCCACUGGCACAGCGCCCAGCAGCUGCAGCAGCUCCAGGAAACGUACGAGUUCACCACCAACGUGGCUCGGCAGGAGGACAAGGUGAGGAGGAAGGAGAAGGAGAUCUUGGAAUCCAUGGAGAAGCAGCAGAGGGAGGCGAUGGAACAGGCAGUGGCCCGGCUGGAGAGGAGGCACUCUGCUCUGAGGCACAGCACCUCCCUGGAACUGGACACUGAGGAGCAGAGACCCAGUAGUUCACUGACAAGAACCACCAGGACAGAAGCUGAUCCGGACCAGCAGAGAGUCGAGCGUGAAAUCCAGAAACUCCGUCAGAGGAUCGUCGAAGGAGACGACAGGAGCGGCCAAACCCAGAGCCUGAACACGCCACUGUCAGACGACAGGAUCAACGCCUACAUCGAAGAGGAAGUGCAGCGGCGGCUUCGUGAGAUGAACCUUCUGAACGGCGGCAGCAACAUGAACCUGUCCGUGUCCCGCGAGUCCGUCAGAGAGGAGGAGAAGCUGCAGAACCUGAACCCGAGGAGGCUUAAAUAUGAGAAAGCCUGCUGGCCUAACUUCUCGGCCUCCCUAGACUUGGAGACGAGCUCUUCCAAUGUCCAAGAGAACCUUUUAGAAGAAGCAGAGCAGGAUCUCCCACAGCUUCCCAAAACUCCGGAGUCCUCGGCUGAAAUCCUGAUUCAAAAGGAUCUGGACAAAAACAGCUGGUGGAACGAUGUGAACAUUUUUUUAGAAGCCAAGGGUCAAACUGUUUGUGGACCAGAAUGUUUCAGGAAAACUGAAGAAGGGAACAGAUUUAAUAAAAACAAAAAUCUCUCUUCUGAAGGAAGGAACUCUUUCUGCGGCAGUUCUGAUGGAAAAAAGGUGGAAUUUCCUCUGAAGGAACCUCGGCUGAAGGAAUGUCCUUUAGCGAAAUCUCCUCUGGAGGAAUGGCAGCCCUCAUGUUCUGGAAAAGUCAAAAAUCCAGAAGGUGAUCCACAAGAAGAACCAGAACCUUUUGAAUCCCUGAGCAGAGAUGAUGUUGGCUCCAAGCAGAGUUCAGAAGAGAACAUAGAUGUUCUGAGGAAGGAAGAAGAUCUCUUUUCGGAGAUUCAGAACCUUGAUUUGGAUAAGUUUGUGAUCCAGAACCAAACGUUUGACCUGGAGUCUGAGGAUGAAACGUCGUCGUCACGGAGCUCUGGAACAGAUUUCAGCGAGGAGCUGAAGAUCAUUAAUGGUUCUGUUGAAGAAGACUGGGAGGCAAAGAAGGUGUCGAUGAGCAGGAGCUACAUCUGGAGGUACUUGGAUAAAACUCCAAAACUCCAACCAUGGACUGAAAAAGGAUCCGAACCCUCAGAGUCACUGAGGGAAUGGGCCCACUCAAAACAGGAUUCUGAGUCCAAUCAAGGAAAAGAAGCUCCGGCCAGCAGGAGCUACAUUUGGAGAUACAUCACACAAGUCCGGAACCAAACACUCUACCCAUGGAGAACAGAACCCAAACUUUCUGGGUCAUUGGAUUCUGGUUCUGACCAACUCUUCCCCAAGCAGGGUACAACGGCUGCCAAUGAAGAACCUGGACCAGAAACUGAGAGUGGUCCAGUCAGCAGGAGCUUGAUUUGGGACUAUGUCAGAAAGGUCAAGGACCAAACGCUCUACCCAUGGAGGUCAACAACUUCCAGAGAUCUGAAGUCCCAGAGCUCUGAAGGAGCAUACAUCAACCUAAAGCAGGAUUCAAAGUCUGUCACAGAACCAGUGGGUCCAGAACAAGAUGAAGCCGCAGAAAAGGUCUCACUCAGCAGAAGUUACAUUUGGGACUACGUGGAAAGAGUCAAAAACCAAACGCUCUACCCAUGGAGAAUGCAGGAAUCGGAACUUUCCUGGGGCUGGCCAGUUGACCCAUCACUGGAAUCUUGGAGGUUUGGGAGGGACCCCAUCCAGGCCAGUAAAGACUACCUUCUAAGUUUCUUGUCUGGGAAACUUUCUGAGGCAUUCCGGGAGGCAGAGGUACGACUCCAAGGCACAUGGAACCUCAUUCAAUCCAGAGAACCGAUUCAUCAAACUCCUCUUCAGCUGCUGCCAGAACCUCCGGCUGAAGAUAAAGUCCAAUUGGAUCUGGGGAGUGAUGGUUCUCCUCAGGGUUUUGGUCAUGCUGCCAUUUCCGGAUUUUCUGAAUGGCCAGAAGGUUCUGUAACUUCAGUCAAGACGUCGAGCCCAGAAGAGUUCCACCAAAGGCUGAUCGAGCUGCCAUUGGCUUUGUCUCAGCUUCAGGGUCUCUCAUCUGAGAAGAUCCUGGAAAACAUGGAAUCCCUGGCUGGUCAGAGAGAACUUGGAGAGAUUCUGAGCAUCUUCUGGGUCAAGACAGCCAGCUAUCAGAAACCCAUUCCAGAACCUGUUUGUCUACUUGUGUCAGAAAUGAGCCUGGUGGUGGUUUCAGCUGGUACCGGACCUGAAGACUCCUCAACUCUUUUCCAUCAUUUUGACCUUCUGGAGAUCAAGGAGGUGCAGAUCAGUCUGGCAGGCCAGCAUGUUCGUCUGCUUGGCAGCAGUGAAGAUUCGGUUUUGGCAGUCUUCACUUACAACAAAGAGCUGACCCAGGAGUUCUGCAAGGUUUUGCUGAAGGCGCGUGCUCCUGACCAGUUCUCUGAGGUGUCUGAAAGUCACCCAUUGUUCUCUGGUGACCUCAUGGCCCUCUCCUUAGAUUGGACCUCCAGUACUCCUGACAUCACCUUGGAGAGUGGUCUUUACAUCACUUCUAGAUUCAAACGGGUCCUUGCAGACCUGAUCUACGUCAUCCACGAGAACAUGGAGGGUCCAGAGAAGCCUUCUCUGGCUGAUGUUCAUCCUCUGCUCUACACCAGCGUCAAGCUGAGGAAGUCCAGUGGAGUCCAACUGGAAGAGACCAUCUUCCAGUUCCUUCUGACCGACACUCAUGUGGCUCUUCUUCAGGAAGAUGGAGUCUUUCAUCCGGUUCCACGAGGAUCUAGUCUGGUUCCUGCCCAGCCCCAGUUCCAGGGACUCAAAGUCAGCAGGCGUUCAGAUGUCAGGUGUCUGCUUGUGAGGAGGGAGGACAACUGCGUCUCCAUCGACAUCCUGUUCAUGAACCUGCACAAACGGAGCGGCGAGGCUGACGGGACCUCCUCCAGUGCUCCGGACUCCUGGAAACUGGUUUUCAGCUGUUCCUCAGAGGCCCAGGUCCUGAUUAAUCACCUGUGUCUCUGAGUCCGUCUCACCUGAGCUGUUCCUGGAUGUAAAAUGUUCAGGUUUUUUUGUUUGUUUGUUUUUAAAAACAUUUUUACCUUUUUUCUUAACUUUUCACUGAGAUGAACUAAUAAACAUGUAGAUUUUA